AUAUAAAUCGAUUUUAUGCGACGAGAACCAAACAUCUUAGCCGCAGUUUUGGCUCCUCCAGGCGAAGAAGAAGACACAGUCUCUUUGAUGGAUUUCAUCUGUUGUUUCCGACCGCAUCACUCUUGUCGGGGAAUUUCAGUUUCGUCUGCUUCCAGCUUAAGUAGCCUUCCCGCCGCCAAUCGUUUCCUCCCGACAACGAGUGUCCGAAUUAGAAUUCCAACGACGCCGUUUCUUCAGUAUCCGAAAUUUUCAAUAGAGACUCACGCAAAGAAGAAGAAAAACACUUCAAAAACGACUAUCUUCGAACCUAAACCGAACAAAGAAGAAGACGAAUCACUCUUUGAAGAAAACGAAGAAGAAGAUGAGCAAGUCCUUCUCGAAGAUGUUCUAGACGAGCUACUAACUGAUGAAGAAGAAGACGACUUCUACCUCGAAGAAGAAGAGGAGGAGGAAGAACUCUAUGCUGGAGAUGGAGGUGGUGGAGGAGGCAUCAAGCUCGCCGGAACCACAUGGGACAAAGAAGCAUUGUCCUUAGCCGAGAAAGCCUGCGAGUCUUUUAACGGUGAGCUAGGCAUUUACGCGUUCAAGACUCUGCCAAACUCAACCAUACAAGUGAGAAUCGAACGGCUCAGUAACAAGUCCGGUUCUCCGACGAUGGAAGACAUCGAAGCGUAUUCAACCACUUACAGAGCUAAACUGUCCGAAGCUGAACUCGCCAAGACCGUACCAGACAAUAUCUCCUUAGAGGUGUCAUCUCCUGGUGUUGAAAGAGUAGUAAGAGUUCCUCAGGAUCUUGACCGGUACAAGGACAGGUCAAUGUAUGUGAGGUACGUUAACGAGGAAGCUGAGAGGGACGGUGAUGGUAUCUUCAGGCUUGUUUCUUUUGACGUGGAAGCCAAAAGCUGCGUUUGGGGGGUUGCUGAUAUUAGAGUGAACCGUGAGAAGGCAGGCAAAGGGAGACCUUUGAGCAAGAAGCAAAGAGAAUGGCGUCUUGAAACUUCUUUUGAGUCACUACGUUUAGUUCGUUUGCAUUCUGAAUGUUGAAACACAUAACAUUAUUUUUAUUGAAUGAAAACUAUUACAAAACGA